GAGCGGAGCAGGUGGGGCUGGGGAGGGUGUCCUGCCCUCCCCGAGCCGCCCGCAGCCCUUCCCAAACCCCUCAUUCCUGCAGGGACACCCGCGAGGUUUGAAGGUUCCUGAGCGGGCAGAGCUGGGGCAGCGGGAUGGACUCCCGGAAAUCCUGAGGACUUGCGGGGACAGGGACACCUUCCACUAUCCCUGCCUGGGCUUGGACACUGCCAGGGAUGGGGCAGCCACGUGUUCCCUGGGAAAACUCUUCCAGUGCCUCAGCACCCUCACCCUGAACCAAAUUCUGCUGUCUGUGGAGCUGUGGAGGAGGUGCACAGCCACUGCAAAUCAAAGCUACAGAGCCACAUCCAACAUCAGCUCUUGGUCCCUCUGCACCAGCAGCAGAGAUUAUGGGGUGGCAGGACAUGGAUUCUCCCAGGAAUAAAUGAGAUUUUCUCUGCCAGCCCCCAGCCUGUGAGAGGAGGGGAAGGCCGCAGUGGAUCCCUGCCUGGGCUCUCCACGCCUCCCAGGAAGAGGAAGAGGCUCAGACGGUUCCUUCGCCGUUGAUAAAAUGGGAAGCAGCAUCUCCCCAGCAGCCCGGGACGGGAAGCUCCAGUCCUUGCCUGGGGGGCAGCCCUGGGGGCUCUGCAGCUGGCAGGACACAGCCGGGUGGCACUGAGGGCUGGGGCUGGGGACAGCAUGUCCUUCCAGAGCCGCAGGACCCAGCUGCUGCUGGUCAACUCGCUGACCUUCGGGCUGGAGGUGUGCCUGGCCGCCGGCAUCACCUACGUGCCGCCGCUGCUGCUGGAGGUGGGCGUGGAGGAGAAGUUCAUGACCAUGGUUUUGGGGAUAGGCCCCGUGCUUGGGCUGCUUUUUGUGCCUCUCAUCGGCUCGGCCAGCGACCACUGGCACAGCAGCUACGGCCGCAGGAGACCUUUCAUCUGGGCGCUGUGCCUGGGCGUGCUGCUCAGCCUGUUUGUCAUCCCCCACGCCAGCAGCCUGGCCAGCCUGUGUGCCCUCAACCCCCGGGCCCUGGAGAUCGCCUUCCUCAUCGUGGGCAUCGGGCUGCUGGAUUUCUGUGGCCAGGUGUGCUUCACCCCGCUGGAGGCCCUGCUCUCUGACCUCUUCCAGGAGCCGGACAACUGCCGCCAGGCCUUCUCCAUGUAUGCCUUCAUGGUCAGCCUGGGCGGCUGCAUCGGCUACCUGCUGCCCGCCAUCGACUGGGCCUUCCUGGCGCCCUACCUGGGCAGCCAGCAGAGCUGCCUCUUCAGCCUGCUGGCCCUCAUCUUCCUGGGCUGUGUGCUGGCCACGCUGUUUGUGACAGAGGAGGCGGCCCAGGGGGAUCUCCUGGACGGGCCGGCGCUCAAGGACGCGUCCCCGAAGCCACCGAAGGCGUCCCUGUCCUGCUGCUGCUGGCGGGGGCCGUGCCUGCUGCCGGGCAGGCGGGUGCUGCAGGCGGGCAGGAAGCUGUGCCUGCUGCUGCCGCGGCUGCACGGCCUCUACUGCCGCAUCCCCAGGGUCAUCCGCCGCCUCUUCGUGGCCGAGCUCUGCAGCUGGAUGGCUCUCAUGACCUUCAUGCUGUUCUACACGGAUUUUGUCGGGGAGGGGCUGUACCACGGCGUGCCCAGGGCCAAGCCGGGCACGGAGGCCAGGCGGCACUACGAUGAAGGUGUCCGGAUGGGCAGCCUGGGGCUCUUCCUGCAGUGCAUCACCUCCAUCUUCUUCUCGACAAUCAUGGACAGGCUGGUGAAGCACUUUGGGACCCGGGCAGUGUACCUGGCCAGCGUGGUGUUCUUCCCCGGGGCAGCCUGUGUCAUGUGCCUGUCCCACAGUGUCACCGUGGUCACCAUCUCCGCUGCCCUGACUGGGUUCACCUUCUCUGCCCUGCAGAUCCUGCCCUACACGCUGGCAUCCCUCUACCACCACGACAAACAGGUUUUUCUCCAUAAAUACAAGAGGAAAGAGGAGGAAGACGCCGCUCUGCUGGACAAGAAAUCCGCCUUCUCCAAGGGGCCGCUCUCCAGCCAGAAGCUGUCUUACCAGAAUGGCCAUGCUGGGAGCCUCUUCUCCUCCUCCUCCUCCUCCUCCCCUUCCUCCUCCUCGUCCCCAUGCUCCCCUCAGGCCGUGCCCAGCUCUGCUCUGUGCGUCAGCUCCUCCUGCGACGUCUCGCUGCGGCUCAUGGUGGGCGAGCCGGAGCUGGGGGCUCCUGGCCGAGGGAUCUGCCUGGACCUGGCCAUCCUGGACAGUGCCUUCCUCCUCUCCCAGGUGGUGCCCUCGCUCUUCAUGGGCUCCAUCGUGCAGUUCACCCAGUCUGUCACCGCCUACAUGGUGUCAGCUGCUGGCCUCGGCCUGGUCGCCAUCUACUUCGCUACCAAAGUCGUCUUUGACAAGGGUGACAUGGCCAAGCACUCCGUGUGACAGCAGGGCAGCCAGCUGGGUGGCACAGCCAGCUGUGUGUGUGUGACUGUCCCAGGGCAGUGUGUGUGCCCACAGGGCCACCCGUGGGGCGCCCGGCGUGGCGCUGGCUGUCCCCAGCUGGUGCUGCCACCCCGGGGGUGGCUCUGGGGCUCAUCUCAGGUGUAAAUAAGAGGCUUUGGGGAGUCGUCCUCAGGGCCUGAAGUGCUUUCCAAAGGUGCCUUUAGCAGAGGGAAGCACGGCACAGCAGCACCCAAGGGGUCCUGCAGGGGGGAAAAGGGAAUUGGGGUUUGCCUCUGGGAAGAACGGGUCGGGGUCCUGAGCAGGAGCAGCACAGGGAGGGGAUCAACCACUGGCUCUCCUUCUCUUUUCCUUCCCUUCUCCUUCUCCUUCUCCUUCUCCUUCUCCUUCUCCUUCUCCUUCUCCUUCUCCUUCUCCUUCUCCUUCUCCUUCUCCUUCUCCUUCUCCUUCUCCUUCUCCUUCUCCUUCUCCUUCUCCUUCUCCUUCUCCUUCUCCUUCUCCUUCUCCUUCUCCUUCUCCUUCUCCUUCUCCUUCUCCUUCUCCUUCUCCUUCUCCUUCUCCUUCUCCUUCUCCUCUCCUCUCCUCCUCUCCCUGUUGUAGUUUUACCCCAUUUCUUGAGCCAUGGGGCACUGGAGCAGAUUUCCUGGGGGUAUAAAGCACUGGGGAGGCCGAGGUUUGGCUGAGGGUGCCCAGGUGCACCCCCACAUUCCUGGCCUUCCCCACCUCCAUCCAAAACCAUCCAGGAGAAAAGUUCCUGUGCCUGGUUUUGGGAAAAACAAGGAACAUCCCAUUAGGACCAGUUCCAAAAGGUGACUUAACCUUUACCUAUGUCCUGGCUUGCAUCAGACAAAGAGAACUUUUUGAUUUUUAUUUUUUUAAGGAUUGUUUUUACCUUUCUUCACACAGUUCUCAGUCUCUCUCACCUCAGUGCCUGCAUUUGCUCUCUGCCCUCGUGGAUCCAGGCUGUGGCCCCUAAAAGGUGCUGCCCCACCAGGGGGAUCAGUGCCCAGAGGGGCUCUCAGCCCUGUGCCCGUGGGGCAGAGCAGGAGGAGCUCUCCUGGGGGAGCUGCUGGUGACCCAGACUCACACCUGGAGCUGCUCUCUGCCCCUGGCUGCUCGGGCUUCUUAAAAUGUCUUUUAUUUCCAGUCAGGAAUCCAUAUUCUCACAGAGGCAGAGCAAAGCUCUGUCAGAGGAAGGCAAAGCUCCUCCUGCUGCCCUGGCCUGGGGCCCAAAGGUCCCUCCAGGGGUGCCCAGGCUGUUCUGGCUCCCAUCCCUCCAGGGGUGCCCAGGCUGUUCUGGCUCCCAUCCCUCCAGGGGUGCCCAGGCUGCGUUUCUGACCCAUCUUUCCCGGGGUGCCCAGCUUGUUCUCCCAUCCUAUCUCUCCAGGAAUGCCCAGGUUCUCCUGUCCCAUCUCUCCAAGGAUGCCCAGCUUGUUCUGGCUCCCAUUUCUCCAGGGAUUCCCAGGUUCUUUUCCUGUCCCAUCCCUCCAGGGAUGCCCAGGUUGUUCUCCUGAGGCUGUUUUCCUGACCCAUCUCCCCAGGGAUGUCCAGCUUGUUCUGGCUCCCAUCCCUCCAGGAAUGUCUAGGUUGUUCUGACCCAUCUCCAGGUCCUUCUCCUGACCAAUCUCCCCAGGUUGUUCUGGUUCCCAUCCCUCCAGGGAUUUCCAGGUUCUUUUCCUGUCCCAUCUCCCCAGGGCUGUCCAGGUUGAGUUCCUGUCCCAUCUCUCCAGGAAUGUCCAGGUUGUUCUCCUGACCCAUCUCCCCAGGCUGUUCUGUUCCCAUCCCUCCAGGAAUGUUCAGGCUGUUCUCCUGACCCAUCUCCAGGUUCUUUUCCUGCCCCAUCCCUCCAGGAAUGUCCAGGUUGUUCUCCUGACCCGUCUCCAGGUUCUUUUCCUGUCCCAUCUCCCCAGGAAUGUCCAGGCUGUUCUCCUGAGGUUCUUUCUUGUCCCAUCCCUCCAGGGCUGUCCAGGCUGUUCUCCUGACCCAUCUCCAGGUUCUUUUCCUGCCCCAUCUCUCCAGGAAUGUCCAGGCUGUUCUCCUGACCCAUUUCCAGGUUCUUUUCCUGCCCCAUCCCUCCAGGAAUGUCCAGGCUGUUCUCCUGACCCAUCUCCAGGUUCUUUUCCUGUCCCAUCUCCCCAGGGAUGCCCAGGCUGUUCUCCUGACCCAUUUCCAGGUUCUUUUCCUGCCCCAUCCCUCCAGGGCUGUCCAGGCUGUUCUCCUGACCCAUCUCCAGGUUCUUUUCCUGCCCCAUCCCUCCAGGGCUGCCCAGGUUGUUCUGCCUCCCAGCUCCGAGUCCCCUCCUGCUGGCAGCAGAGCCCGAGUCCCCCUGGCCAGUGCCAUUCCCUGUCCCCAGUGGCCCAGCUGGGACAAAUCUGCUGCUGGCAGCUUCCUGCCCCUCCGAGAGGAGCUGGCCCAAGCCAGGAGGAAAGGCUGGAUUGGUGCUGGAGCACACAAACUCCAGCCCUGCCUGGCCUAAACGAGCUGUUUGGGAUUUUUAUUUUAUUUUUGUUUUUCUUGGAGGUGUGUGGGCAGCCAGAGGCACUUGUGAGGUUGGGCUGGAGGGUGAAAUGUUGCUAUUUUGGCAGAGUUUUGUCAGCCUGCUCCGUGGCUGGUGACUCCCCUGCUGUCUGAGCCGGGCCCUCAGAGGUUUGGGAUCGUCCCUUUCCCGUCAGGGGUCAGUGGUUUUGGCUUUAAUUUUUGUCUCAAAUUAAAGGCUGCCAGCCUCCCUUUCCCACAGUGCUGACUCGCAGCUGUUCUGGGGACAGAUCUGGCACUGCCUGAACCAUUUCCAGAAAGUUCUGGGGGCUGCACUUCCUACCCCGGGCUCUGUCCACUGCAGGCUGCAGCAGGAAGGAUUUGGGACAAAAUUCUAUUUCCCCUAGAGCUGGGGUGUGCUGGAAUAAAUCCCCCUGACCCAAGGCUGAAAACCCCUUUAUUUGGAAUAUUUCUCUGUAAAUGUGAGGAACUUUCCCUGCACAGAGGCUGCCCUGAUGCUCGAAUGCUUUUGAUCAUUUAAGUGCCUAAAGUGCUUCCACAGUGAGCUUCAGGUGAUGGCCAAGGGCUCAGAUUCUUCAUUUCAUAUGAAGGGUUUGGUGGCAAAAAGGGCUCAAAUUCUUCAUUUCAGGGGAUUUGGUGGGAAAGAAUUGGGCUCAAAUUCUUCAUUUCAGAUGGUUUGGUGGGAAAGAAUUGGGCUCAAAUUCUUCAUUUUAGGUGGUUUGGUGGCAAAAAGGGCUCAAAUUCUUCAUUUUAGGUGGUUUGGUGGCAAAAAGGGCUCAAAAUCUUCAUUUCAGAUGGUUUGGUGGAAAAGAAUUGGGCUCAAAAUCUUCAUUUCAGGUGGUUUGGUGGCAAAAAGGGCUCAAAAUCUUCAUUUCAGGUGGUUUGGUGGCAAAAAGGGCUCAAAAUCUUCAUUUCAAGUGGUUUGGUGGCCAAGGGCUCAAAUUCUUCAUUUCAGAUGGUUUGGGGGAAAGAAUUGGGCUCAAAAUCUUCAUUUCAGGUGGUUUGGUGGCAAAAAGGGCUCAAAAUCUUCAUUUCAGGUGGUUUGGUGGGAAAGAAUUGGGCUCAAAUUCUUCAUUUCAGAUGGUUUGGGGGGAAAGAAUUGGGCUCAAAUUCUUCAUUUUAGGUGGUUUGGUGGCAAAAAGGGCUCAAAUUCUUCAUUUCUGGUGAAGAGUUUGGUAGGAAAGGGUUCAAGUUCUUCAUUCAGGUGAAGGGUUUGGUGGGAAAGAACUCAAAUUCUUCAUUUCAGGUGGUUUGGUGGCAAAGAGCUCAAAUUCUUCAUUUCAGAUGGUUUGGUGGGAAAGAAUUGGGCUCAAAAUCUUCAUUUCAGGUGGUUUGGUGGCAAAAAGGGCUCAAAAUCUUCAUUUCAGGUGGUUUGGUGGCAAAAAGGGCUCAAAAUCUUCAUUUCAGGUGGUUUGGUGGCCAAGGGCUUAAAUUCUUCAUUUCAGAUGGUUUGGUGGGAAAGAAUUGGGCUCAAAUUCUUCAUUUCAGGUGGUUUGGUGGCAAAGAGCUCAAAUUCUUCAUUUCAAACCCCCAGGUGACAAAGCAGAGAUAAAGAGAGGGGCAGAGCCAGGGCUGAUAAUGGGAGAUCAGGGUGAGGGAGCAGGAGGGUGAGGAAAUCUUCACAAAAUUGGCUUUUUUUGGCUUCUUCUGAGAAACUUUCUGUGUCAGGAUCCCAUGUAAGACCAGCAGUGGAUGUCCUGGUCUGGGCAAGAGCAUCCCUUAUUCUGUUCCUGAUAUUCCCUGGGUGCCCACAGAAUUUCUCUAGGAUUUGGUCCUGUCUGGCCACAGGUGGUGAGCAGGAGCUUUUCUGUUCCUCACAGGUGAAUUUGGAAGGUGGAGGAGGGAUAAAUUGUUGUGUGAAUUCCCUAGGCUAGGGAAGCACUGGGGGGAUGGAUGGAUGGAUGCUGGUUUUCCUUUCUGAGGUCACAUCCUGCCCGUGAGAUGUUGUGGUUUAUUUAUUUGGUAGAGUGAAUAUUUUGUAUACGGCGCGAGAGGAAGGAUUUUAUGGCUUUUAUUAUAAAUUUUUAUGGAAAAAAGGGGGGGGAGAAAUAAAAAAGGUGUGGAAAAAGGGAAAAA